GUUGCAAGUUGACGCGUACGGGAACGAGAGCGUAAAAUGAUCGCGACGUGAGAGUACCGUCGCGGAGAAUCGGAGUGUUAUUUUCCCCCUUCGUUCUCUCGCGCUCGUCUGUGUCCGCUUCCUCUGAAUUCGUCGUCUGCCUUCGCGCUCGAUCUCACGUCAAAGAAAAGGAUGCGGCGCGCCACUUCGCUUCUGCUGUUGCUCUGCCUGCUGGCACCCGCCCGCAGCCAAGACGGCGAUCUCUACUUCUCAGUGAGCCCCGCGGAGCACUCGGUCGUCGAGGGACUUCCAGUACGCUUGAGAUGCGAAGCACAGCCGGCCUCGCACGUGAAAUACUCGUGGAAGAUAGACGGACAGCCGCUCGCUCCCAGUCCGCGGAGGCAUCAAGUCGAGGGCGAUCUUGAAAUCACCAGGGUCAAUCGAAUCUUGGACAGCGGGAACUUCGUCUGCGUGGCCACACACGAGGAGACCGGCUACGCGAUCGAGAGCUCGCCCGCGAAAAUCGACGUUCAAUCUCGCAAUCGCCGGAAGGUGACAGAUAGACCUGCGUGCAAAAUUACGUGCGUACAAAAGACGAUGGGUAAAAUGGAACUUUGGCCUCCACUUUGA